AUGGCCUCCAAGCAGAUGCUGCAUAUGAAUCAAGGACAAUGGGAAACAAGCUAUGCUCGCAACUCCUUUGUUCAGGCUCCUGAAGAUCUAUUGAGGAAUCUCAUCCCAGUAUAUGACAUAGACGAGGAAGCUAGGUAUCAAAGGCACCCUAUAGUUCUUGAGGCGUAUGCAGAACGGUUUACAAAAGAUUUCACACUUUUCCCAGAGUUGAGAGCCAAAGAAUUGGUCGCAGGGGGCCGAAUGGUUGUUUCCUUAGUAGGGAGGCGUUCUGAUGUCACCGUCACAAAAUUCUCUUACCUUUCAAGAACAAUAUCACAUAUUCUAAGUGUCAUGGUCUCAGAGGGUGUAGUCGACAAAGAAAAGUUUGGUUCUUUUUAUGUGCCAGUGUAUGAACCUUCCAUCAAAGAAGUGAGAGAGGUCAUCCAAGAAGAGGGCUCAUUUUUUAUCAGGGAGAUACAUGUGCAUGAUCCUACAACCGAUAUGAAUAAUGCUCUCAGUGCCCCAUGUAGGUUCGUCAAUCUUUUGAGAGCUUUAUGUGAGCCGAUAUUAGUCUAACAUUUUGGAGAUGUCAUGGAUGAAUUUGUCAGAGCCUGGAGGGCAACUUGCUAGGACCUUAUGCUAUGUUGGCCAUAUCCCUCGCAAAGGCAAGAUGGCCAGGUACAUUAAUGAGACAUCCACAUUAAGUUACAUCACAAUUGAUGAGACUGAGAUAUGGCUUUCUUUGAGCCCACAAUGCAUGUCUACUUCAUUACGUCAACUACAUCAUGUGGUGUGUUGUGAAAGUAUUCAUGGAUGCA